GUUCGUGGCAUGUGACUGGGCUUACAGAUGGGCCGUGUCAUCACGUUGGGUGGUGAGCGGUAAAAAACGCUUCCAAGUUUCCGAGUUACGAACUCGUUCAUCGUCCCCGUCGCUUUCUCCUCCCAGAAAUACACAGACAUGGCGGUCUCUCCCCUUCGCCGGUUUUAGUUAAGAUGCGAGUGUUGGGUGAUACAAUGGAAGUUGAUUUAGUUACGAGUCCAAUGCAAGAGGAAGAUGCUUUUGGAGUUGAUGAGAACUAUCAAAAUGACAAUCCCAAUUUCGAGGGUGAAACAUGUGGGAUAUGCAUGAAUGCAAUAAUCGACAGGGGUGUUCUCGAUUGCUGCCAGCAUUGGUUCUGUUUCUCAUGCAUUGACAAUUGGGCUACCAUUACAAACCUCUGCCCGCUUUGCCAGAAUGAAUUUCAAAUGAUCACAUGUGUUCCGGUAUAUGAUACUAUUGGGAGCAGCAAAGCAGACGAGGACUCAACUUAUAGUGAUGAUGAUUGGUGUAUUGAAGGGACGAAUAACACUCUCUCAUUUCCAUCAUACUACAUUGAUGAAAAUGCAGUUACAUGCUUGGAUGGAGAUGGCUGCAAAAUUCGAAGUGGAUCAGUGGCUAUUGAGGAAGAUUCCAAUCUUGAUACAUCAAUUGCUUGUGAUUCAUGUGAAUUAUGGUACCAUGCUUUCUGUGUGGGAUUUGAUGCGGAGGGCACAUCUGAGAGUACAUGGUUAUGCCCAAGAUGUGUAGUUGAUGAGAUGACAAAAAAAUCAGAUGCAGGUUCAGUCCAGAGGUCUAACAAACAGUAUGGUCCAGAAAAUGCUAAUGGUGAACCUGAAGCUGAGGAUAAUCUUUCUAGAAAGGUAUCUGUUUCUGUUGCUGAUAGUGGUGAGACAGCUGUUGUGGUCUCAAUGGCUGGCGAAAAUCGUGGGUAUGGAAAACCAAGUGAAAGCAUUUUGCCAGCCGGUGAAGUUGGAAAGGACCUGAAGUCUAAAGAAUUGGUAUUGUCUACUGACAAUAGCCACAAAUUGGAAAAACCUUCCUGGGAAAGAAAUAUUAACCAACCAGUUCUUGAAGCUCAGCAACUAAAACUGUCCCUAUCCAGUGAUACCUCCAGUUUACCUUCAAAUUCUUUAGCACCAACGCAGUUAAGGAUGAGUACUGAUGGAUCAACGAAUGAGCCUAGUAGUUUUGAUGGCAUCACGAAUGCUUCUGGAAAGACCUUUGAUGAAUCACAGAUUAGUAACAAACAGUCUGACAAUGACUCCAAUGUGGGUCUUCAUCUUGGGUUAUCUGUGGUCUCGUUUUUGUCUGCUGCUGGCAUGAAUAAUAAUGACACUGAAGAUGUGAAGCAGCACAAUCCUUCAGAAGAAUAUUUUUCAAAAGCCGACACUCUCGUACCAAAAGAAGUGACUGAGGAUGUGAAGCAGCACGAUCGUUGGGAAGGAUAUUCACCUAUAGCUGACGAAAUUGUACCAGAUGCUAAUUUGGAUGCCCCUGGAUCGACUUCUGGUGGAAAGAGAAAGCGUAUUGAUUGCAGCGAUGACAUUCAUAUCAUUGAGGAUGAUGGAGAUACUGACCCUAAGAUUGAGACCAAAGUUUCUGCUAAGAAAAUCGGAGAGGAUGAGAAGACACAAUGCGUGGGUUCCAAUGACCAAGCCAAAGAAUCUGUUCCAGAUGAUUCUGAAAACUGUUCUAUCCUGACUGUAGCUCAUAAAGAUAGCAUGUUAUCAUCUCAACCUGUUGAGGGGAACACCACUUCCGAUAUAAUGAGCAUUGUUAGAACUACGAAGCCUAAAUCUUCUAAGGGGAUUGCACACUCUAAUACUGCUGAUAAAUCAUCACAAGAACAAGAAACUGUGCCUGGUUUGAAAGUUAAAAAGAUCAUGAGGAGAGCUGCUGAGGACAAGGACUCGCCUGUGACAGUUCAGACACUGAGAAAAGAAAUAAGAGAAGCUGUCGGUAAAAUUUCUUCAAAAGGUAUUGGCGAAAACCUUUUCAAUCCAAAGCUUCUUCAUGCCUUUAGGACUGCUAUAGCAGGAGGACCUCAAACUGAACCUGUUAAGAAGGUACCACAUUUGGCACUGAACGCAAAGAAGGCAAUAUUGCAGAAGGGAAAAGUACGUGUGAAUCUAACAAAAAAGAUUUACGGGACAUCCAAUGGAAGAAGAAAACGUGCAUGGGACCGGGACUGGCAAAUCGAAUUUUGGAAGCAUCGCAGCUUAGGAACUACAGAGCCUGAAAAGAUUGAGACUUUGAAGUCAGUUCUUAACCUUCUGAAAGAGAGGUCAGAGCGUGUAGAUACAGAGCAGGUGUCCGAUAAGCAGUCCACAAAUCCAAUUCUUUCCAGGUUAUAUUUAGCAGAUGUAUCGGUACUCCCAAGAAAAGAUGAUAUUAAGCCGCUCUUACCUCUUAAAACUGCUGGUAAUACAGAGCAGAAUAAUAAACAGCUUGCCUUGAAUGAAAAGUGUUCAAAGUCAUCUCUUAAUAAUUCUACUUCAAAUUCCACAGAAACGAGUACGGUUUCAUCAAAAGGCCGGGUUCCUUCAUUGGAGAAAUAUGGGACUAAGAAUAAUGUUCCAAGCUCAGAGAAUGGCGCUGCGUCUAACAGAGUACAUCAAGACAAACGCUUGGAAGGGUCCUUGGUUUCUUUGUCUGGUGCUUCCAAAUCUAAAACCACGAGUGAAGUGGUUGAUAAAACUGACAAAAGAAAAUGGGCUCUAGAAGUUCUUGCCAGGAAAAGUGGUGCAGGCACAAAAACGACAAAUGAAAAACAGGAAGACAACACACUCAAAGCGAAUUACCCUUUGCUAGCUCAAUUACCAAUAGACAUGAGGCCAGUUUUGGCACCCAGUCGUCAUAAUAAAAUCCCCUUAUCAGUGAGGCAGACACAGCUGUACCGUCUGACUGAGCACUUUUUGAAGAAAGCGAAUCUGUGGGUGAUCCGUAGAACUGCGGAUAUGGAGUUAGCUGUUGUAGAUGCAAUAAAUAUAGAAAAGGGGGUUGCUGAUAGGUCAAGCAGCAAGCUAGUGUAUAUGAAUCUAUGUUCCCAGGAGAUAUUGCAUCGUUCAGAAAAUAGGAAGUCUAGUGCAGGUGCAGCCCCGGUAAAUAGUUCAUCCCCAUCUUCAGUCCCUGCUGAUAGAGCAGAACAAGCUGCCAAUGAACUUCCAACUGAUCCUAUAAUUGAAGCAGCACUGAGAAAUGCUGGUCUUCUGUCCGAUUCUCCUCCAAAUAGUCCACAUCCCAAUGUGGAAGUUCCUGCUGAAGAAGAUGGCCCCUCGUUAGAUAUCAGAGAGGAAGGGUCUGAUAAUGUAUUUGAAAUGGAUUUUCAGCCGGAUCUGGACAUAUAUGGUGACUUUGAGUAUAAUUUGGAAGAGGAAGACUACAUUGGCGCUGCUGCUGCAAAAAUCUCCAAUCCACAACCAGAAGAAGGGGCACCAAAAUUGAAACUGGUGUUCUCUACACUUCAACCUGAAAGAUCUAAUCAGAAUCUAGAUUCUGAGAAGACAGAGACGACUGUUGAAGUACAAAAAGAUUCUUCCAGCAUGCUCGAGAAUCAUACUUGUUCAGGUUUGGAAAACUCCAUCAUGGAGGGUGGGACUGACGAAUCUAGCGUUCCUCUGGAAUCCUUGUUCGGUAAAGAAGGUGAAGAACUUUCUGUUGCAGAAUGUGAAGAAUUGUAUGGACCCGAUAAAGAGCCACUGAUAACGAAAGUUCCAGAAGCAUCAGAAAAGCUAUCUGGAUUGAUUGAUGAAGCUUUGGUUAAAGAUAAAGAUUCUAAAGAGAAUGAAAAUUGUGCGCCAAAGUCAAACCAAGCAGUAAAAACAAAUGGAUUGGGUAAGGAGAACAAUUUGAAAAAGAUGCUUGUUGCCAGUGGUGGAUGCAACUCAGCGAACCACAUACAACCAGGUGAAAAUGUUGAUACGAAGGAGAAGAAAUCCACUACGGAUUCUAACAACCAGUCUAACAGCGUUGGUUCUGUAUCUAAGAAGGUGGAAGCCUACAUUAAAGAGCACAUCAGACCGCUAUGCAAGAGUGGCGUGAUUACGGCUGAACAAUACAAGUGGGCUGUCGCAAAAACAACUGAUAAGGUUAUGAAAUACCAUUCUAAAUCCAAGAAUGCAAAUUUCCUAAUUAAGGAAGGUGAGAAGGUGAAGAAACUCGCGGAGCAGUAUGUUGAGACAGCCCAACAGAACGAAAACAGCUGAUCCUCUAUAACGAAAGUCAUUUUCAGCUCUCAAAUCGUUCAGAACCUUCAACAAUCUGUAAAUAGCUUCGAGAGACCUUGUAAAAGCACCCCAAACCCAAAACAAUGUACAAGUUGAUGAAGGAAACGUGUCUCGGAAGAUAUGUCCAGGUGAGUUUUCCUGCCUGAGCUCCGGUCAUAUACAAGAAUAUCAUCAGUUAAUGUGCAUGACAUUUGGUCAUAGUUGCUUCCAUAGGGUCUCUCAAGAAUACUUAGCAUUCUAAACACCUGAAAGGGCCGACGGACAAUCAUUUCAUAUGGGAAAGGAAGGUCCAUCGAAACAAAAGCCGAUUGAAUUCUUCAUGACUAAGGGGGUGUAUUGUAUAUGGAGUUUGAUAGACUUAAUCUUGACUCUCAAAUUCAAUUGUAUUCAAUAGACUUUUAAGGAGCAUCAUUGCCACCA